AUGGGCCCGGCCUCACUGCAGGAGGAGAGAGAGCCGGAGAAAGAGUCCAAGGAAGAGAUGGAGAGCUACCACUACCUUCUGCAGGCCAGCUCCCAGCUGGAGAGCACUCUGCAGCAGGUGACUGUCCCUGUCAGCAUGAAGGAGGUGGGGGGCUACAUACAGAAACAAGUGGCGUACCUGUCAGGGGGGCGUGGGGAAGACUCCAGUGUGAUCAUUACCCUCCCAGAAUGCUCUGCUUUCAGUGACAUUCCAGAGGAAGCUUUAGCCAAAGUCUUUACAUACCUCACUCUCAUCCCUCGAACGAGGCAACCUGGAGUAAAAUUCAUCAUCAUUUUAGACCGAAGACUGGAUACAUGGGCCUCUAUCAAAACUGCCCUUGCCAGGAUAGCAGCUUCCUUUCCUGGGAACCUCCACCUGGUCUUGGUACUCCGACCCACCAGCUUCUUCCACCGCACCGUUACCGACAUUGGCUUUCGCUUCAGCCAGGAGGACUUCAUGCUCAAGAUGCCAGUGGUGAUGCUGAGCUCUGUCACCGACCUUCUCCACUACAUUGACGAAAACCAGCUAACAUCAGAGUUUGGAGGCACUUUGGACUAUUGUCAUAGUGACUGGAUUGUUUUAAGAACGGCCAUAGAAAGUUUUGCUGUGACUGUCAAAGAUAUCGCACAGAUGCUUCAGGGGUUUGGCUCUGAGUUGGCUGAGACAGAGCUGCCUGAUGAGACAAAAGCCAUCGAGUAUCUCCUUGAUUCUCACACUGACAAGUACAAGAAACUUAAAGAUGCAAUCAGGUCAGUGUCAAAGGAGGGGCGUCAUCUUCUCUUAAGCCUCGAGACAUCUGGGAAGGAGGAUGACUCCCAGUGGGAUGUGAAGUUGGACUGGGAGACAGUACAGAGGCUUCUCGCCCAGUUAAGAGAUAUGGAAUCUGCCUUUGAUGGCUUCUUUGAGAAGCACCAUCUAAAACUCCACCAGUAUUUACAGUUGCUCAGAUAUGAGCAAAGCUUUCAGGAGAUGGAGUUGUGUCUGAAGCAUCUAAUGUCUCAGGAGAAGGAGCUGUCGGUAUCUGUGGACACUUUGGUUCAAACAGAACAGGCUCUGAAAAGGCUCGACAGUCUGGAAUCAAAUGCAAAGGAGGUGAUGGCUCGGGCUCAGAUCAUCAUCCUCCACGGUCACCAGCUAUCAGCCGGUCAUCACUACGCCAUGGCUCUCAUAAUGCAGCGCUGCAACGAGCUUCGCCACUACUGUGAUACACUCAAUGCUGCUCUGAAGAUUAAACACACAAGUCUUCUGCAAACACACCAGCUGCUGCUUUGCCUGGGACAGGCCCAAACUUGGUGUGAUGAUGGAGCGUACAUGCUGGCCAAUCAGCUGGUAGAUAAGUUCCAGUCCAAAGAGGGGGCUCAGGCUGCUUUAAAGGAGAUUGAGAGGUUCCUGGAGGGGGCGCCGUCUAUGCUGAGCUCAGGAGCUGACAUCCUGGCCAUCGAGUAUGAGGUGGUUAUGACACCUCAGCUGCAGGCUCAGAUUGGGGAAACCUUUGAGAAGCAUGCAGCAGUGCAGCAGAUGAUCCAGAACCGACAGGCUUCUUUAAGAAAACUGGCUGAUAAACAUGUGCGACCGGUCCAGCUGGUGGCCCCCAGGCCUGAAAACCCACCACGCGCCAAAUCCCCGCUCUUCUCCCCCAAGCAUGGUGAUGGUUUGAAGUUUACAUUCGACAUUUCUCUGCCUGGGAAGAGAGCAUCCCGGAAGAGCCCCAAUCCUAGAAAAAUCGAGGUGAUUCACGACUACCAGGAGAGCCGGAGCUGUGUGUCGUACAGUCUGGAGGGCGAGGACAGCCCGGAUCUCUUGAAGCGUCACGUGAUGAGGGAACUCAUAGAGACCGAGAGAAUCUAUGUAGAAGAGCUGCUGUCAGUUCUGCUGGGCUACAGGGCUGAGAUGGAUAACCCAGCCCUGUCAGGGCUUCUGCCCCCAAUCCUGCGCAGCAAGAGAGACAUCCUUUUUGGAAACAUGCCUGAGAUCUACAACUUCCAUAGCAGGGUUUUUCUCCAGGACCUGGAAAGCUGCCUGGAGGCCCCUGAAGGCCUGGGAGCUUGUUUUCUGGAGCGGAAAGAGAGUUUUCAGAUGUAUGAAUGCUACUGUCAGAAUAAACCUCGCUCUGAGGCGCUGUGGAGACAGUUUUCAGACUGUGCCUUCUUUCAGGAAUGUCAAAAAAAGCUGGAGCACAAACUGGGUCUGGAUUCCUACCUUUUGAAACCAGUCCAACGCCUCACCAAAUACCAGCUUCUGCUUAAGGAGCUACUGAAAUACAGCUCAGACUGUGAGGGGACUUCUGAGCUACAGGGGGCGCUGACAGCAAUGCUGGACCUGCUCAAAUCAGUGAACGACUCCAUGCAUCAGAUAGCCAUCACAGGAUAUGAGGGUGAUAUAUGCGAGCUGGGCCGUGUACUAAUGCAGGGUUCCUUCAGCGUGUGGAUCAGCCAUAAAAAAGGUCCCACACGGAUGAAGGAGCUGACUCGAUUCAAGCCGAUGCAGAGACACCUCUUCCUGUAUGAGAGAGCUCUGCUCUUCUGCAAGAAGAGGGAGGAGCAUGGGGACGGCUGUGACAAGACGCCCUCAUACAGUUUCAAAAACUGUCUCAAGAUGACUGCUGUGGGGAUCACAGAGAAUGUCAAAGGAGAUGUGAAGAAGUUUGAGAUCUGGUACAGUGGCAGGGAGGAGGUGUAUGUGGUUCAGGCUCCCACAGUGGAGGUGAAGAUGGCCUGGCUCAAUGAGCUUCGCAGGAUCCUGACCAACCAGCAGAAGCUGCUCAGAGAUGAAGCAUAUCAUCAUGGCCAAAUGGUUGGACACAUGCAGCUUUCUCCCCCGCUCUCAGAGAGUAAGCAGCAGAGGGCGUCAGUGAGCUCAGAGGACACAGAGUCAGGGAGGAGCAGUCCAGACCCCCAGCCUCACUCCCCUAAACACCAGCACAAUCGCAGGAGCUGGCCCGGAGCUCCUCACUCAGUAGACAUCUGCGAGGGUCUGGAGGAGUGGCCUGGAGGUCAGGACGCCUUCCACCCAUCUGACACAGAGGAGGAGCUUUUAGUGCAGCUGUCUCCAGGCAGAUACAGGGCUUUGGCUGACUGUCUUCAAAAUGGACCAGACAGCAUUGCCAUCAGAUGUGGAGACGUUAUCCAACUGCAGUGUGAGGACAACAGGGGGCGCUGGUUGGUAAAAAAUCUGAGUCGGCGAUUGGAGGGCUACAUAGCAGCAGCAAGCCUGCAGCAGAUAUUAGCUGACAGCAGUCGAGGACAGCGCUCUAGACUAAGGGAUCCAGGGACCCCUAAAGCAAGAAAGCUCAGCUCUCCAUAGAUUCACAGGAUGUGGUCUAAUAUUUUCCAGACAGAAGGAACAGACUGAGCCAUAACUGACCAAUGUCUUGUUCCCUGUUGUCCGUUUUUUCAGCACAUUUCAAUCAUUGAAGAGGAACUCUAGAGAUGUUAUUUUUCCAGUUUUUGACUGAUAAUCUGGGCCAGUACUUUCAGACAGGGCAGGUUUGCUGUUACAAAGGGGUAAAGGCUCAGGAACUGUUAAUCCCUACUGGAAAAUCAACAGCUGACACCUGGAUCCUGAUUAGUCUUCCUCUUUUCUAAGUAGUGACGUGUAUCUUGUUCUCCUGGAGCUCCAUCUGCAACACAAAGACAUCAGGAAGUGUCGCUGUCACAAUCUGUGGACUUUUUUCAGUCCUGUCUCGACCCGACAGCAUCAUCAUUUUCUGAGUGUUUGCUCCUGUUUGUGUCAGUGUGUGCUUGCUGGAUGGGAACCCAGGAUUUGCCUGAAACUUUUUGUACAUAGGUGUCAUUUUUAACAUUAACUGUACCUCAGUGUUUCAUCUUUGUGUAGCCAGUUGACAUUUUCCAUUCAUUGUAUUUUUCUUAAAUGUCAAACCUUAGGGCACCUUUUCUUCUGAGCAGUUUAGGAGUUAAAAUGCCAAAAUGUGCCAUGCCAUAAUGCCUUUUUUAUUCCUGCUCCUUUAGAGUCUGUUUGCUAAAUCAAAUACUCUUUUAUUGCUUCGACCUGACCUCACAAAUAUUGAACCGGCACUUUAAUGAGGCAGACGGACAAUGGGGACUGAAAAUGCGCCGUUUGUCUCCUGAAUGUGUGCUUUGCUUGCUGCUUUACUGCUCUCAUUGUGUAUUUUUCCUUACUCACGCUGUGUUUCCUUUGUUUAUUGAAUCUAUGAUGUGUUAUGGAGGCAGGGGAGACAUACCCCCUGCCUGCAGGCAGCAGAUGACAUGUCACUGAUGCUAAUGUAAGACCCCGCAGACAUGAUGAAGAUGGAUGGUAUUCCUCUGUGGCUGCCAUAGAUGAAUUUUUGGCUUGUGCCACGGAGCACCAAACACCGUCAUCUUCUCCGGGAUCUUUUGAGAGCCUGAUGUCAGUCAUGCCGGAAAAAAAGGGAGAGUGAGGAAGAGUAAAAGAAAGAGGGAGAUGUUGCGGCGUGUACUCUUCCUUCGCUGAGGCAGAUUGUUUCCUCCAGCCCGGUUAAUCUGGCUUCCCAUUAAAAGGGAUCAUACAGCUAACAUGAAAUAAAGCCUCUGUGUUGAACGCUUAAUUAAAUAUUGAUUGCAGACUUAUAUGAAUUUACCACAUCAAAUCGGGGUCCCAGUCGGAGGGCUGCCUUUGAUUCGCUGUGUUUGAUAUGGAAAUGAGUUUAGAAAGCAGCAGGGGCUGCUGUGCACUACACAUUUCCUAUGUUGUUAAUUUAUUUAUUUUGCUGUCAUGUUGUUCCUUCAUAUUGUGAGGUAUCUGUGCAGUCCCCAAAGACAUUACAUCUCCAUAUCUACAGGAGUUAGGUUUCACCACACAUCACAUUCACAUUUAAUCCUUUUUUUUAACUUAUAACACAGUAUCAUAUGGUUUCUUUGUCGUUUUAAUCCAAAAUGCUGCAGAUUUUUGCACAUUUUUUCCACGUUGGAAAACAAAAAAAAAAGAACACCGGCUUGAAUAUCAUAAAUUCCUGAUGAGCCAAGUAGCCUAAGCUUGUUGCUGAAUGUUUCUUUAACAUGUAAAUGCAUGGCAACUAAACAAUUAGCAGGUUUUUAUUGACACUCACUGUUCUAAACAGGCUUUUUUUUCUACCGCUUUGGUACUUAAAACGGAAGAAAAUAAAACUAUUUAUGGCAAUAACUUUAAUUUCGGUAGCUUAUAUGUUUUAACAGUUAUAUGUUGGCUGAACAAAGCUGCUCUUUUUCAUACACCCGUUUGUCGUUUUUGUCUGUUUCAUUGUUUAAAUGGAGUCCAACUGAUGUAAUAAAAUUGUCAACACUU